AUGUCAGCCAGUGGUGAACCUCCCCUCGAGGACGAUUCAUCGAGGGACGAACAAGCUCUGAGGAACGAUCCAGGGGACACACGCCCCCCUAACAUCAUUGAAUUUGUCGACAGUCAAGACCCAAAUGUCAGAAGUGCCAUACAGAGGCAUACCGCAUAUCACUCUGCAGCUCAAAGACGAGACGCACGAUCAAGGCUGUUGCGACGGUCCAGCCAAAGCCGGUAUCUAGAAUGGGGAAGACGUCCUCCGCGAGGGGAUGGCGACACCACGACAACCUCAUCCGCCAGUAGCGCAAGUAUAUCACCUGCACCGUCAACAGAGAGGCCCCGGCAGGAUCGAACAUCAAGCAACCAGACAGACCAAGAGUCCGAGACGUCUCAAAGCCGAGCAGCUUCGAUUACGGAGAUCGAAGCGCCUCUCCCUUCCUCGAAGUCGAUCCCAGAAGGUGAUGCAAUCAUGGAAUUCUUUUCCAGUACAAUUUGCCACCAUAGCACCUCCAGAGGCGCCCUUGACGCGGCGGUAGCAUUUAUGCUUGACCAUGAAGCACCUCGACAUCUCCUUCUGGCAUACGCGUAUGCCAUGCGGUGGAAAUUACACGCCAGUCCAGAGACCGUACAAGACCAGGUAGAUGCACAAUCACAUCUCAGCCAAGGGACGAACGCACUGCGGAAUCGACUACGGCUGUCUGGACACACGAGUAGCGAUGCAGUUAUCCAGGCAGUUCUUCUCUUGCUGGUUUACACUGCAGAUUUCGGGCAGACGAAUGAGGUCCGACUGCAUGAAGAUGCUCUCCGGGCCAUGUUGACUCAACGUGGUGGAAUUAAUGCAUUUGCCCACAAUCCGACAUUGCAGCAGCAGCUAUGGGCGAUUGAGACGUCUCGGGCUUUUCAUCUCACCUUUGGAUGCGAGAUUACCUGUACAAGCUCACUGAGAUUUCCGGACGGACUACGGUUACGGCCUGCGGCGCAGGAUGACUAA